AGUCGGCGCUCAUCCGCGUGCAGUCAUAGCAGAGCAGAGUAGAGCAGAGUAGAGUAGAGCAGACUAGAGCAAACUAGAGCAAGCAGAGCAGAGCAGUAGACCUGGUCAAUGGAUGAGCUGCAAUUGGCCGCACGAAUUUUCAUCGCAGCAGACAGCUCGCACGUCUACUCACCAGCUCACCUACUACCAGUGCUACCACAGCUCAGUGUCGGCCUGUCUCUGCAGCAUGACCACAAGACACCUCGCUAGCACCAUGUCACGGCAAUUCCACACAUCCCGUGCCCAGCUCAAGGAACUCAAUGCGCACUCCAAGCACAUCACCCAACCCAAAUCACAAGGCGCCUCACAGGCCAUGCUGUAUGCAACUGGCCUCUCAGAGUCAGACAUGUCCAAGGCACAGGUCGGUAUUUCCAGUGUUUGGUAUGAGGGCAAUCCAUGCAACAUGCAUCUCAUGGAUCUCGCAGCAGAAGUGAAGAAGGGCGUGCAGGACGCUGGCUUGAUUGGGUAUCGCUUCAAUACGAUUGGUGUCUCGGAUGGUAUCUCCAUGGGAACAAAAGGCAUGCGCUACUCAUUGCAGUCGCGUGAAAUCAUUGCCGAUUCUGUGGAAACUGUGAUGGGCGGGCAACACUAUGAUGCCAAUAUUUCCUUGCCUGGUUGUGACAAGAACAUGCCAGGUGUCAUGAUUGCCAUGGGUCGUGUCAAUAGACCGAGUAUCAUGGUCUAUGGUGGUACCAUCAAGGCCGGAUGUGCCAAGACGCAGGGUAACAAGGACAUCGACAUCAUCUCUGCUUUUCAAGCGUAUGGCGAGUACAUUAGUGGCAACAUUGAUGAAUCGACACGCAAGGAUAUCAUUCGUCAUGCAUGUCCUGGAGCAGGUGCGUGUGGUGGUAUUUACACAGCCAACACCAUGGCGAGUGCCGCUGAAGCCAUGGGUAUCUCUCUACCGGGCUCUUCCUCGACGCCUGCUGAAUCACCGGAAAAGAUGGCCGAGUGUCGUGCUGCGGGUGCAGCCAUCAAGAUUUUGCUGGAGCGUGACAUCAAGCCGCGCGAUAUCAUGACGCGUGCUGCCUUUGAGAAUGCCAUGGUAUUGACGAUGGCGAUUGGUGGCUCGACCAAUGCUGUGCUGCAUCUGCUUGCCAUUGCGCGAAGUAUGGAUGUGCAGCUGGAUAUUGGCGAUUUCCAAAGUGUCUCUGAUCGCAUCCCCUUUUUGGCGGAUAUGAAGCCGUCUGGUAAGUAUGUGAUGGAUGACUUGUUCAAGAUUGGUGGCAUUCCUGCAGUCAUGAAGUACCUAAUUCGCGAAGGUCUUAUGGACGGCAGUAUCAUGACAGUCACUGGUAAGACACUCUCUGAGAACUUGGAAGAGGUCAAGGAUUUGCCGGAGGGUCAGGACAUCAUUCGUCCCCUCUCGAAUCCGAUCAAGAAGACGGGUCAUAUUCAGAUUUUGCGUGGUACGCUUGCCCCCGGUGGUUCGGUGGCCAAGAUUACAGGCAAGGAAGGUCUCUCCUUCAAAGGCCCGGCGAAAGUGUUUGAUGAUGAAGACUUGUUCAUUGAAGCACUCGAGCAAGGCAAAUUCAAGAAGGGUGAAAAAGCAGUGGCUGUGAUUCGGUAUGAGGGCCCGAAGGGUGGUCCUGGUAUGCCGGAGAUGCUGAAGCCAUCGAGUGCAAUCAUGGGCAUGGGAUUGGGCCAGGAUGUGGCCUUGCUGACGGAUGGUCGGUUCUCUGGUGGUUCGCAUGGGUUCUUGAUUGGACAUAUUGUGCCUGAAGCACAGGAAGGCGGGCCCAUUGCACUUGUGGAGGAUGGAGAUGAGAUUGAGAUCAAUGCAGAGAGCAAGGUGCUCAACCUGAAUGUGGACGAGGAGGUGCUGGCUAGGCGGCGUGCUGCAUGGACUGCACCUGCGUUGAAGUAUACCCGGGGGACGCUGUACAAGUUUGCGAAGAACGUGUCGAAUGCGAGCGAGGGGUGUGUGACGGAUGCGUAGGCUGUCUGUAUCUGUUCUGACCAAGCAAUAGCAGCAAUAGCUGUGAAGAAGUAGCAGAAAUAGGCGUGAAGUAGUUGUGACUGCUGCGGGUGUGUCCGGCAUCCCCGGCAGCCAAUCAAAUUUGCUUACAC